GUUUGUUAGUAGAAAGAAAAUGAAAGCAGUAGUGAGCAAGUUGCAUUGUUCCUCGAUGGAGGAGGUGAUGGUGGUGAGACGGCGGCCGCACGUGGUUAACGGCGGUGGCUUUGUGGUGACAGAUUGCAAAGAAAAGAUCGUUUUCAAGAUCGACGGUUGUGGAGUUCUUGGUACCAAAGGAGAGUUAGUUCUCAGAGAUGGUGAUGGCAACGAUUUGCUUCUCAUCAACAAAAAGGGAGGAAUGGUGCAGGCUUUGAGCAUUCAUAACAAGUGGAAAGGUUAUAGUUAUGACUACCAAGGAAGUCCUAAACCGGUUUUCACAUUGAGAGAUCCUAAACACUCUUGCUUCUCCAUAACCGGUUCAAUCCGCAUAUCGGUCCAACCGGUGAAUUGCUACUUUGAUGUUAAAGGGUAUUUCCCGGAUAGGGAUUGUAGCAUCAUUGAUUCCACCGGAAAUGUCAUUGCUCAAGUAAAAGAAUGGAUUGGUAGCAGAGACAUAUAUAAGGUGGUGAUAAAACCAAGUGUAGAUAAAGCUUUUGUGUUUGGAGUUAUCGCGGUUCUCGACUAUAUCUAUGGUGAAUCUACAAGUUGUUGAUCCGCUCAUCACUUCACAUUUCUGUUUGCUAGACUUAGAGUGUGUAUGUUGCUCCUUGUAAAGUUUAGAGACUCGAUGUUGUUUUAUGUAAUAAUUAAGCAAUUAAUAAAUUAACUAUGUAACU